UAAUUGUUCAUAUAGAUGGAAACAUCCCUUCUUUUCCACUUCCCUUGUUUUCUUCUCUUAUUUCUUCUCUUCAACAUCAAUGGCGUUCACACCACCUUCGUCUGCGGCGACGAAGACUUCUCUCCAAACAAAACCUACCGCGAAAACCUUGAUGCUCUCUUGUCUUCUCUUGCUUCAAACGUUACAAGAGAACGCGGUUUCUACAACGCUUCGCUAGACGGAGUCCACGCUCUUGCCCUUUGUCGAAAACACUACGAAGUACAAGCUUGUCGUCGCUGCGUUGAUAGAGCAAGUAGGACUCUAUUAACACAAUGCCAAGGCAAAACAGAAGCAUAUCACUGGGAUUCCGAAAACGAUGCAAACGUUUCUUGUCUAGUACGCUACUCAAAUAUCCAUACAUUUGGCAAACUAAAGCUUGAGCCAAUUGGGAAUGUUCCUCACUCGGGUCUUCUCACCUCUUCCAAUCUGACCCGAAUCAGCCAAGAGUUUGCCGCCAUGGCUAAUCGAACUGUUGAGGUUGCAUCCACGGCUGAUGAGUCUUCGGUAUUCAAGUACUAUGGAGUCUCGAGUGCAGAGUUUACAGACACUCCUGAGGUUAAUAUGUUGAUGCAAUGCACACCUGAUUUAUCUUCUAGUGACUGUAAUCAUUGCCUAAGAGAGAAUGUUAGGUAUAAUCAAGAACAUAACUGGGACAGAGUUGGGGGAACGGUUGCGCGUCCUAGUUGUUAUUUCCGAUGGGAUUCAUACAAAUUCGCAGGAGCUUUCGAUAAUCUAGAGAGAGUUCCCGCGCCUCCUCGACCUCCUCAACCUCGAGAAGAUUCUCGGGACAAGAAAGGAAGAAUUUUUCAACCAUGGAGCGUUGUGGUUAUUGUUUUUCCUACGGUCAUAAAUCUUGCCGUGUUUGUUGCUUUCGUGCUUGCUUAUCGCCGGAUGCGGAGGAGGAUUUAUGCUGAAAUCAAUAAGAAUUCUGAUUCUGAUGGUCAAUCUACGUUAAGAUUUGAUCUUGGCAUGAUCUUAAUUGCAACCGAUGAGUUCUCCCCUGAAAAUAAGCUUGGACAAGGUGGAUUUGGAUCUGUCUACAAGGGGAUAUUACCGAGUGGGCAAGAGAUAGCGGUAAAGAGAUUAGCUGGAGGUUCAGGACAAGGAGAACUAGAGUUUAAGAAUGAAGUCUUACUCUUGACAAGACUCCAACAUAGGAAUCUAGUUAAGCUUCUUGGAUUCUGCAAUGAAGGAAACGAGGAGAUUCUUGUUUACGAGCAUGUUCCCAAUUCAAGUCUUGAUCACUUUAUCUUCGAUGAAGAUAAGCGAUGGCUUCUUACAUGGGAUGUGAGGUACAGAAUCAUAGAAGGAGUUGCAAGAGGGCUUCUUUAUCUCCAUGAAGAUUCUCAGUUGAGGAUUAUUCACAGAGACUUGAAGGCAAGCAAUAUCCUUUUAGACGCGGAGAUGAACCCUAAAGUUGCAGACUUUGGGAUGGCGAGGUUGUUUAACAUGGAUGAGACUCGAGGAGAGACUAGCAGAGUAGUUGGAACCUACGGAUAUAUGGCUCCGGAGUACGUGAGACAUGGACAAUUCUCAGCUAAAUCUGAUGUUUAUAGCUUCGGUGUUAUGCUUUUGGAGAUGAUAAGUGGUGAAAAAAAUAAGAAUUUUGAAACAGAAGGACUUCCAGCUUUUGCAUGGAAGAGAUGGAUAGAAGGAGAGCUUGAGAGUAUAAUCGAUCCUUACUUAAACGAGAAUCCGAGAAACGAGAUCAUAAAGUUAAUCGAGAUUGGUUUGUUGUGUGUUCAAGAGAAUGCAGCAAAGAGACCAACCAUGAACUCUGUAAUAGCUUGGCUUGCGAGAGACGGUACCUUUAAUAUACCUAAACCUACCGAAGCUGCUUUCGUCACUCUCCCUCUCUCGGUGAAACCUGCAAAUGGAUCCAUGAAUAAGCUUAAAGACAAGGAUCCAUUUUCUGUGGAUGAGGUCUCGAUUACGGUGUUGAAUCCCCGGUGAAUCUUCCAUUUUUUCAGACCUCACCUACAUUUCGCAACAAUUUCACAACAGUUACUGGUUAAUUACUGCAGCCUUGGAUAGCGUAAGACACAAGAAACAAUGUUCCUAUGAACUUGUUUGGGGUGGAUAUUCGGAUAAUUCGGUUUACUUUGGUAUGGAAACAUUGUCACCGAAUCAUAACCGAAUUUAGUUUAAGUAAAUAAUUAUUUUUAAUUCAUUAAAUUUAAUCUUUAGUA